UUAUCUUUAAUUAUAGUACGGUUGGCAACACUGUUGAUGACACAUCUGGGGUGCCUUAUGGAGAUUUGCAUUAUAGCACCCCAGAUGACGUCAUAAAAGUUAUAAGAUGUCAAUAGAUAAUGAGAAAUUAACUAUCACCUGUGUCCGUAGUCUUUCAGCAUUGGCAAACAAAUUUUAAGAGAAUGACAGUAUAAUAAACAUAACCUCAAAAAAAAAAAGUCAAAGAAAGAUUCAAAAUCAAAACACUUAUUACAUCAUUUAUUAAUUAAAAAUGUCCAAAAUAGCCCUAACAAGGCUUUGCCGCAAUGUCCUAUUCAAUCAACCAAGGGCUGGGGUUCUAGGGGCUGCCAGACAAGCCUCAGAUUGGGUACCCCAAGAAAAAGAAACUCACACUGGACAGAAAUGGGAGGAAAACGAUUACAGACUGUCAAGAUUCGUGGAUCGUCCAAAAAACGUAAAUCCAAACUUUGCUAUUAAUCUAAUUGACGAGGUGCCUCCUAAACAGUGCAAAGACAGGGUAGUUUGGUGUGACGGAGGUUCUGGACCCACAGGACACCCCAAAGUUUUCAUCAAUCUGGAUAGGCCUGGAAAUCACACUUGUGGAUACUGUGGCCUGAGAUUUUUCAAGGAUGAUCAUUGCCAUUAAAUGAGUAUUUUUUCUUUAGUGAUUAUAUUAUGCGUUAUAUUGAAAAUUAUUUGAAAAUAAAUGUAGAGGAAAGUUAAAUUUCCUCAUUAAUAAAAAUAAAGUGUGUGUACGAGCUAAUCAGUGGACUGUAUUUUUAAAAAGUUAUCAAAAAUCGAUAAAUGGCAAAACCAAUAAAGGACUUACCCCGAAACUGCAUGGGUUUUAUGCAC